AUGUCUCUGCUGGCCCUGCUGCUGGCGCUGCCGGCGCUGACCGCGGCCCCCACGCUGUCGCCGUCGCCCGGCGCGGCCCUGCAGGAGGUGGCGCUGGACAUGGCCCCGCUGGCCUUCGAUGACCGGUACCGGGGCUGCGGCCCCGCCAUGGCCGCGGCGCUGCCGGCGCUCAACCGCUCCGAGUUCCUGCUCAACGGGGACUUCGCGGCGGGCUGGGCGCUGGCCGCGGCCGAGUGGCGCGUCCGGGGGUCCCCGGCGCCCCCCAAGUCCCCUCUGCCCCCCGCGCAGGCCGUGGCCCUGCUGGCCUACACGGCUCCCGUGCCGCUGCACCGCGCCUUCAACGCGGCGUCGCGCGUGGCCGGGCGCUCCCCGCGCCACUACCGCGACGGGUUCCCCUUCAAGGCGCUGCAUUUCCUGCUGAGCGCGGCGCUGGCCGCGCUGCGGGACGCGCAGGGCCGGCCGUGCCACCGCGUGUUCCGCGGCGUGCGCGGGGUGCGCUUCGCGGCGCGGCCCGGACGGAGCGUCCGCUUCGGCCACUUCGCGUCGGCGUCGCGGCGGAACCGCAGCUCGUGGGCGUUCGGCAGCGACACCGUGUUCCACGUGCGCACCUGCCACGGCGCCGCCGUCAGAGACUUCUCCUUCUUCCCCGACGAGGACGAGGUGCUGAUCCCGCCCUUCGAGACCUUCGAGGUCACCCAGGUCGCCGAGGUCGCCGCGGGCGCCGGGGCCGGGGUGCGGAUCUGGCUCCGCUCCACCGGCACCCUCAGCAACUACAACUGCGAGUGGCUGCGAGAGCAGCACUGCGGGGACAGGGACGGGCCGUGUGUGUUCGAUGCAGGCAGGAGCAUCCUCGGGGACCCCCCUGCCCUCGGAGGGCUCCUCCUGGUCACCGCGGCCCUGGCAGUGGCCACCGGGACCCCCUGAGCCAGCAGGGGACAGCAAGGGGACAGGGACGGAGCCCCCGGUGCCAGCAGGGCAGUGGGACAGGACAGGUGACACGGGGACCCCCG